GAGCUGAGCCAGGGAGGGAUGGAGAGCGGGCCGCCGGGGUUGCAGAAGCACCGGUGCGGGUCGUAGGCGGGAGAGAGGCGGGCGCUCGGGCACAAGAAGUGUGCGGGUGCAAGAGCACUUUGCGAUAGGAUGAGGCUCUUGGCUGGCGCGCGGUAGUACUAUGAUUUGGUAUGUGGCCACUUUGAUAGCAAGUGUGAUCAGCACCCGAGGUCUUGCGGCUCAAGGUGCCCACGGCCUGCGAGAGGAGCCCGAGUUUGUGACUGCAAGAGCUGGUGAGGGUGUGGUCCUGCGAUGCGACGUGAUCCACCCGGUGACAGGACAGCCCCCGCCCUAUGUCGUAGAGUGGUUCAAGUUUGGGGUCCCAAUCCCUAUCUUCAUCAAGUUUGGCUACUACCCACCCCACGUGGACCCUGAGUAUGCAGGCCGGGCCAGUCUUCAUGAUAAAGCAUCCCUACGGUUGGAGCAGGUGCGCUCCGAGGAUCAGGGCUGGUACGAGUGCAAAGUGCUCAUGCUGGACCAGCAGUAUGACACCUUCCACAAUGGCAGCUGGGUCCAUCUCACUAUCAACGCCCCUCCCACCUUUACAGAAACACCCCCCCAGUACAUCGAGGCCAAGGAGGGUGGCAGUAUUACCAUGACCUGCACAGCUUUUGGGAACCCCAAGCCCAUCGUCACCUGGCUCAAGGAGGGAACGCUCCUCGGUGCUAGUGGGAAGUACCAGGUGAGUGACGGCAGCCUGACAGUGACAUCUGUCAGUCGGGAGGACAGAGGCGCCUAUACCUGUCGAGCAUAUAGUAUCCAGGGGGAGGCUGUGCACACGACUCACCUGCUGGUACAAGGGCCUCCUUUCAUUGUUUCCCCUCCUGAGAACAUCACCGUCAACAUCUCCCAGGAUGCUCUGCUCACCUGCAGGGCAGAGGCGUAUCCCGGCAACCUCACCUACACCUGGUACUGGCAGGAUGAGAACGUCUACUUCCAGAAUGACCUGAAGCUGAGGGUGCGCAUCCUGAUUGAUGGGACACUGAUCAUCUUCCGGGUGAAGCCAGAGGAUGCUGGGAAGUACACCUGCGUUCCUAGCAACAGCCUGGGGCGUUCCCCAUCUGCCUCAGCUUAUCUGACUGUGCAGUACCCAGCCCGUGUCCUCAACAUGCCCCCUGUAAUUUAUGUGCCCGUGGGAAUCCAUGGCUAUAUCCGCUGCCCUGUGGACGCAGAGCCACCGGCCACCGUGGUGAAGUGGAACAAGGACGGCCGCCCCCUGCAGGUGGAGAAGAACCUGGGUUGGACCUUGAUGGAGGAUGGCUCUAUUCGAAUUGAGGAGGCCACAGAGGAGGCUCUUGGGACUUACACCUGUGUGCCUUACAACACCUUGGGGACCAUGGGCCAGUCUGCGCCUGCACGGCUUGUCCUGAAGGACCCCCCGUAUUUCACGGUGCUACCAGGUUGGGAGUAUAGGCAGGAGGCUGGCCGGGAGCUGCUCAUCCCCUGUGCAGCUGCAGGGGACCCCUUCCCUGUCAUCACUUGGAGAAAGGUAGGGAAGCCCAGCAGAAGCAAGCACAGUGCCCUGCCCAGUGGGAGUCUCCAGUUUCGCGCCCUGAGUAAGGAGGACCACGGGGAGUGGGAAUGUGUCGCCACUAAUGUGGUCACAAGCAUCACUGCCAGCACCCACCUCACUGUCAUCGGCACCAGCCCCCAUGCCCCGGGCAGUGUCCGGGUCCAGGUCUCCAUGACAACUGCCAACGUGUCCUGGGAGCCAGGCUAUGAUGGAGGCUACGAGCAGACAUUCUCAGUUUGGUACGGACCUCUGAUGAAGCGGGCACAGUUUGGGCCCCAUGACUGGCUGUCCUUGUCAGUGCCACCGGGCCCUAGCUGGUUGCUGGUGGACACCCUGGAGCCCGAGACCGCAUACCAGUUCAGUGUUCUGGCCCAGAACAAGCUGGGAACCAGCGCCUUCAGUGAGGUGGUCACUGUGAACACUUUAGCAUUCCCUAUUACAACUCCAGAACCCCUGGUGCUGGUUACCCCACCAAGGUGCCUCACAGCCAAUCGGACCCAGCAGGGUGUGCUCCUGUCCUGGCUCCCACCUGCCAACCACAGCUUCCCUAUUGAUCGCUAUAUCAUGGAGUUCCGAGUUGGGGAGCGCUGGGAGAUGCUAGAUGAUGCCAUUCCAGGCACUGAUGGAGAAUUCUUUGCCAAGGAUCUCUCGCAGGACACCUGGUAUGAGUUCCGGGUUCUGGCUGUCAUGCAGGAUCUGAUCAGUGAACCCAGCAACAUCGCCGGAGUCUCCAGCACAGACAUCUUCCCGCAGCCAGACCUGACUGAUGAUGGGCUGGCCCGGCCUGUGUUGGCUGGAAUUGUUGCAACCAUUUGCUUCUUGGCAGCUGCCAUCUUGUUCAGCACUCUGGCUGCUUGCUUUGUCAACAAGCAGCGCAAGCGCAAGCUCAAGCGAAAAAAAGACCCUCCGCUCUCCAUCACUCACUGCAGGAAGAGUCUUGAGUCUCCCUUGUCCUCUGGCAAGGUGAGUCCGGAGAGCAUCCGCACACUCCGCGCUCCAUCUGAGUCCUCCGAUGACCAGGGCCAGCCUGCAGCCAAAAGGAUGCUGAGUCCCACCCGGGAGAAGGAGCUGUCCUUGUAUAAAAAGACCAAGAGGGCCAUCAGCAGCAAGAAGUAUAGUGUGGCCAAGGCUGAGGCGGAGGCUGAGGCCACGACCCCCAUCGAGCUGAUCAGCAGAGGCCCUGAUGGCCGCUUUGUAAUGGAUCCCUCUGAGAUAGAGCCUUCCAUGAAAAGCAGACGCAUUGAGGGCUUCCCCUUCGCAGAAGAGACAGACAUGUACCCUGAGUUCCGUCAGUCCGACGAGGAGAAUGAGGACCCGCUGGUGCCCACAUCUGUGGCUGCCCUGAAGUCCCAGUUGACUCCCCUGUCUUCCAGCCAGGAGUCCUACCUGCCACCACCAGCAUAUAGCCCUCGGUUCCAGCCCCGUGGGCUGGAGGGCACCAGUGGCCUGGGAGGUCGACUCCAGGCCACUGGCCAAGCCAGACCCCCAGCCCCCCGGCCCUUCCACCAUGGCCAGUAUUAUGGGUACCUGAGCAGCAGCAGCCCUGGGGAGGUGGAACCGCCACCCUUCUACAUGCCAGAAGUGGGCAGCCCCCUGAGCUCAGUCAUGUCGUCCCCACCCCUGCACACAGAGGGACCAUUUGGCCACCCCACCAUCCCUGAGGAAAAUGGAGAGAAUGCUUCCAAUAGCACGCUGCCCUUGACUCAAACCCCUACGGGAGGGCGCUCCCCUGAGCCCUGGGGUCGGCCAGAAUUUCCCUUUGGGGGCCUGGAAACCCCAGCCAUGAUGUUCCCCCACCAGCUGCACCCCUGUGAUGUGGCCGAGAGUCUGCAGCCCAAGGCUUGCCUGCCCCGAGGACUGCCCCCCUCCUCUCUCCAGGUGCCCGCGGCCUACCCCGGCAUCCUGUCUUUGGAGGCACCAAAGGGUUGGGCGGGCAAGUCACCAGGCAGGGGCCCUGUCCCAGUGCCGCCCGCCGCCAAGUGGCAGGACAGACCUAUGCAACCUCUGGUGAGCCAAGGGCAGCUAAGACAUACCAGCCAAGGUAUGGGCAUACCCGUGUUGCCUUACCCCGAGCCAGCUGAGCCCGGGGGGCACGGCGGCCCCAGCACAUUUGGCCUGGACACCCGGUGGUAUGAGCCCCGGCCCCGGCCCAGCCCCCGGCAGGCCCGGCGCACCGAGCCCAGUUUACAUCAAGUGGUGCUACAGCCCUCCCGGCUUUCACCUCUGACCCAAAGUCCCCUCAGCUCCCGCACCGGCUCUCCAGAGCUCGCAGCCCGUGCCCGGCCUCGCCCAGGCCUCCUACAGCAGGCGGAGAUGUCGGAGAUCACCCUGCAGCCGCCAGCUGCAGUCAGCUUCUCUCGAAAGUCCACGCCAUCCACGGGCUCCCCUUCCCAGAGCAGCCGCAGUGGGAGUCCCAGCUACAGGCCCGCCAUGGGCUUCACCACUCUGGCCACAGGCUACCCCUCCCCACCGCCGGGCCCUGCCCCUGCGGCACCUGGGGACAACUUGGAUGUGUUUGGACAGACACCUUCCCCUCGGAGGAUGGGGGAGGAGCUGCUCCGACCAGAGCCCCCAACAACAUUACCUACUUCAGGAACACUUCCACCUGCGUCCGGGAAUGCUGCUGUACCUGAGAGGCUGGAGGCUCUGAAAUACCAACGGAUAAAGAAGCCCAAAAAGUCAUCGAAGGGCUCUUCGAAGUCAAAGAAACGAUCCGACGGUUCUGCCUCCCAGGCUCAGCAGCUUCCCAACUCUCAGGUUCUGUGGCCCGACGAAGCUGUCUGCCUCCGAAAGAAGAAGAGACACUCUCGUCCUGACCCUUUUGCCCGGCUCUCAGACUUGUGCCACCGCCAGCUUCCAGAAGACCAGACAGCAAUCCUCAACAGUGUGGAUCAUGAUGACCCAGGCCAUGCCACUCUGCUAUGACUCCACACCUCUCUAAGUGUCCCAGGGCAGGGUGCUGGGCUGUGGGGGCAGGGAGGGACAUCAUGUGGGGCCUCAUCCUCCUCUGCCCACCACGGCAUGGUUCAGACCUUUGUCCUGUGUACCCUCUCUCCUGCCAGAGUUGGAGUCUCCCCUCAGAUCCUGGCCAGCUGGCCUUGUCCACAGGAGAGAGGGCUGGGGCAGAUCUUUUGCCUGUGGGUCAGGGAGCAAGUUGGGGACAGGAAGAUAUCUGUCUCCAUCCACUUCUCCCUUGAUUUUUCUCACCUCUUCAAUGUCUUUGAAAGUGAAGAAGAGGAAAGCAAUGGCUUUUACUGCUCUCUGCUUCUGUUUUAGUUUUUCAAGUCCCAGGAGAUGGCUAGACUUCCAUCCCAUCUUUCAAAUUCCACAUAUAUAUAGAUAUAGAUACAAAUGCACAUGUAUGUAGUUGGUGGGUUUCUCUAUGUGUAUAUAUAUGUACAUUGAAGCAAAGUGCUGUUUCUUUCUGUGGUCAAUGAAGGAAGGAGGAGGGCAGUGGACAGCUGGGGUUUGUGAGCAGGGUUGGCUGCGAGCUGGCUGGGCACCCUCAUGUCUAUCUCGGGGGAUUAUUCUUGCUGAAACAGGAUUCAUGCCUCUCAGCUGAAGUCACCAUUGUUCUCUUUAACUUGUCCCAACCAGAGCAGAAAUGGGGCCCUGCCAUGAUUGCCAGCUGCCUGCUUUGUGGGUUUAGCAAACCGUUACCACUGAACUAAACACAAACCUUUCUUCCUUGGUUGCCAGGUGAAGUAAGUGUGACCAGGCACAGGGUCAGACUGGCAUCUUUCUACCUUCCACAGUUUGGCCCACAUGACAGAAGUAGAAGCUACUUUGCAAUGGAACUGACAGGCAGGCCCUGGUGCACAAACCCAAGCUCACAUGAUCAUGCAUCAACUGUUCCUUUUGGUCCAGCCAGGGCUAGGAGCCCUGUGGCCUAAGGUUUUCCCAUUCUGGGGUCACCUGUGCUGAGCACCAUGCUGCCAUAGCUCUAUUUAUAUCACUCUCCAGCUCUGCACUUUCUGGAGUGUUGCUCCAUGGUGGCUGAUUGGCUCCUCCUUUCCUAUUGUGGGAGCUAAUUCUCCAGAUUGAUUAAUUGCCACUUGUGCAGAGUUGCCGGCAGCUUCUUUGCAUACUUGCUACUUGCUGCCUGCCAUCUCUGCUUUGCCUUGAGGGUCCCCCUUCUCCCUGGGGACCCAAAGUCUGGUAGCAUGUCCUAAGGAUGCCUCAGAUGGCUGUGUUCUGGGGUACUCUUUUCCAAGUACUCUUGAAUAGAGCUUUCUGAGACACAGGAAUGGAGGUGAAACAGGCAGCAGGCAGGGGUGUGGGUCUUGAUCUUUCCUCUGCCAAAAUCUUGUCCUAGUUCAAACUAGCACCCAGAAACAUUUGUGAGGCCAUCUUCCUACUCAGAUAUCUCUCUCUCUUCCCAUAAGAUAACGGUGCUGCCCAAUAGAGCAGACCAAGGAUGGGGCAGAGAGAGGAACUGUUCUCAUUCUCUCCUCUUCUUGUGUAGGAGGCUACCCUUCUGGCCUGGCCUAGAAUAAUGGAAAUUGCUAGGAUCCUUGAAGUAUUUCCUUCUUGGUGCUGCUGUUUUAGUGGGUUUGGGGACAUCCACUUCUCCCCCAGUGACCUGCUAUUACAUUGGCCACGUCAAAGCACUAGGAGGCUUCUGCUUGUCUCAUUGCAGUUGCCAGUGGCUCAGCCCAAUGACCUAGGCAAGAUGUGAUCUCUGAGGGCUGGGAAGCCGGUCCUUUGUUGGAGCUUCCAUCUUGGGGGAUGGGCUUCGCCUUUGCCAGCCAGGCCUUGGUGCUUCCUACUCUUUCCUAGUGAGCUGGGAACCAACCCUUGAGGCUCUGCCAUGUGAGCUACACCACCACAGUUCAUUUAUGGAUGUGCACCCUUGGUGUGGAACCUGGACCUUCAGCUGAUGCACUCUGUGAGGCAUUGGAAUCCACUUGACCACUAGGCAGCUCUAGCAAACUGGAAAAGUAGAGUUGUGUGCCUCUUUGUUUUCUUUUCAGAGGUGGUGCUACCACUGCCACCGUGCCACAGUGGGCUGCUCACUGGAGCACCUCUCCCAGGGGGGAUGGGGAGCAGGCCUACCCGAAAUAUCAGUUUGGAAUGUUGGGACUUACAGCAGGUAGCCUUUGUCUCACUGGGGAUGGCCAGCCCAGGUCCUGCGAUAGUCUGUGAUUGCCAUACAUCAGGUCUGAAGGACUUUGGGAUAAAUUUGGCCAACUGUUAUGAGCACCCUCCUGGGAUUUCUAGUCCCUGAGGCCAUCUGGGUCUUGAGGUUAGAAAAGAAGAGGAGAAGUUGAUGUGGAAGGUUUUGCUUUACAAUGUCAUACAGGGCCAAGAGCCAAACCUUGUGGGCUGAGGCAUCUCUGCCUACAACUCACUUUCCAGAGGUCCUGUGCUAACAAAGGUGCUGACUCCCUUCUUUUCUUGCCUCUACCAGUGCCCCUUACCUCAGCAUAUCAGACCAAAUGGUGGGAGCUGUGUUUUCCUCUGGCCACUGGGUGGCAGCUCUGUGGUGAUGUCCUCAGGACAAGGAAGGGACCCAAGGUCUACCUAUUCCUCUGUGGCCUUGGACUAUUCUACUCCUAAUGGGGGCUUCCUUCUUGUGACAGUGUCCUUGGAGGCCAUCAACCUCCCUGCAUUCCUGGGAGCUAUUUCAGUCCUUACUUUAAGGACUGCAAAGGAAAUUGACAAAAUAGGAUCCCCUCUGUCCAUGGAGUGGAUAGUCAAGGUUUCACAUAAUGUGCUGGGUAUGGGCACAUGUGUAACAGUUCAGUUGGGAACAUAUGGAUGUUGGGGGUGUUUCCACUUUGGGGAACCAAUGUCCUUUGCACUCUGCCUUUGAACAUAGCAACGACCACUCUUAAGUUUUCUAGUACUUUCACUUUCUACUCUGGGAGAUCACAUGUCUUCCAAACUUCCCCCUUUAGGAUCUGGUAGCCUUGCAGUAGAAGUAACUCAGAUAAAAACCUAUUCCUGUAGCUCAGAUUUUUGUCUGCCUCUUUCUUCUGCAUCUUGAUUGGAAACAGUGACUGUUUCAGCAUUAGUUGAUCCACAGAGAAGGAAGAGGAUAAAGUGGGUCUCUAAGGGACAUGAGAGGCUGCAAUUGUUUAGGGAAAGAUGAGCAAUAAGAAGGAGAAGGUGGAUUCUGUUUCUUGAUUUGCUGGUUGGCCACCAGUGGCUUCAUGGUUUUGAGUGGAGUCCUGGUGUAGAUUGUCAAUGUGGGCCCAGCAACUGGGAGUGGACCCUGCCUGUUGGCCAACCUAUCUCCAUAACAACUUUCCUUGAGAGACUGGGGGUAGGAGAGGCCUUCUCAGAUUCUAUUUCUUAAUAGGAAGGAUGCCUUUAUUCCAAAGGGCUGAAAGGGUCUGCACCCUCCUGUGAGGAAGGGUCUGGGUCACAUGAUCAUGUCCUUGGGGGAAGGAUUCAGCAGGGGUAGAGAGGGGUAAGUACUUAUUGAACUUUUUCCAUGUACUCUGUCUUUAUUUUUGAUUUGUGAUCUAAAAUAUUCGGAUUGAACAGAUUUCAGUCAUUUGUUCCCAUGCCCUUUUCAUGCAUAAGACACUGGGUAAGGUUCAGAUGUGGAAUUUCCUUUUUUUUUUUCCUAGCAAACUGUAGCUUCAGGAGAGAAACAAACGUCAUGGAGCAUCAGGGCAUCUUUGCCACUGCCCAGAAUUUGAAUCUGUGACUGGGACUGUUUCUUCCAGUUUUGUUAGCAGAAGCCUUUUGGGGUAUGGGGGUGGGCUAAGGGAAGAAUUGUAGAUAAGUACAUUUUAUUCAUAUAUAGAAAACCCUAGGAAAAGAAAAGCUAAUGGUUAAUCUUGGGCUUGCUUUGCUUGCAUGUAAAGGAGCUUUGGGGGGCAUUGCAGGGAUUUGUGGGGAGCAGUAGAAAGAAGUCAAAGGGCAGAGAUGAGCAGAAACAUAGGGUAGCUCCUGGAUGCUCUCAGUGGGAACCAUGAGCAUUGCCAGUAGUGCUACUCGGCCCAGUCCUACCUUUUGUGUCUUCUCCAAAAUAAAGUCAAAGCAAACUCCAGUAAGAUGGAGACUCAGAGCCCCACAUGACUGCAUUUGUGGAGGACUUGGGAGGUAUCUUGAUGGUCAGUUCUACAUUUAAGUGUGGUAACUGUUGGGGCAGGGGUGCUCCAGGAGGGGUAGUGGAGCAUGAAAAGCUCUGAUCCUUUGCCAGAUAUGUGUGAGGCUGGAAGGAAACAGUGUUGGAUCACUUUUGAAGUUGGAAGCAGGGAUCCAGGGGUAGGAUUGUAAGCCCCAAAGAAGGGAACAUCAAGCCUUACCAUUCUCUUUAGGGCAUGUGAUAACUUAGUUACAAAUAAUAGAGUAGUGUACACAUUUCAAGAACAACAGUGCCUGCCUGGUGAGGGACAGGCUGAGUGGUGGCAGCGAAGAGCCUGUGAGGCAAAGGUUGGUGCGGGAGUGGGGGUUAGCCACUGAGAACAGAUUGUGGGUGGAGGCUGGCACACAGGCUCAGACUGGAUCUUCCUCUUAGCUGGACUUACUUGCUUCUUCCAGAAUUAGUCUCUAACACUAAGUGCCCAUGUGUGAACAUCUUCACCAUCUACUUCAGCUUUAUCUGUUUGUUUUUGGGAUUCCUCAGGUCCAAAGUUGGGAGACUUAAACGUGAAAUGCUCAUUCUAUCACCAUGUCUUGGUCAGCAGAGAAGGAAGGAUCCUUCUUAAGAGCUUUGUGUAUUUGCUCUCAUAAGAAGGGCCAGUUACCUUUCUUCCUCAUCCAUUAUUAAAAAAUAUUCACAAGACUUUGGAGGUGGUGGUAGAAGAGGAAUGGAGCCUGGUAUCUAUAUUUGUCAUCCCUUUUUCUUGAGGUAUAGGAGAGUCUUCAGGCCAUGAAGCUACAUAGUGACUUUAUGCCUAGAGGUUUGUCUUCACUUUUUCUUUUGAUAAGUUAAAAAGUCACUAGUCUGACUGAGGUGAGCAGAUGAAAGCAUUUCACUUUGUGAUCAGAGACCAGCCACUUUUCCCUCCUCCUUAAUGUCUCCAACUCUGCUUCCUUGGAUCAAGAGGCAGAAUCUAAGCUCUCUUCUUUAGAAGAAAUCCAUAAACCAAGGAUCAAAACCCAGAUUGAACUUUAGCACUUAUACCAACUUAGAGUUUAGAUAGGGGUGUCUCUUACCAGCCCUCCCUCUGACUGAUAGUGAAUCUGCACAGGUCCAGAGCCUUAUUUCUGGACCCCUGUCUAUUCUUUCAAAUAAAUCUUUCAGGAACAAAUAAAACAUCCCACCAGAUGUUUUGUGCAUUGCUUUGCUCAGAAGGUAAUUUUCUCAUGAUCUUGUUUUAAGUUGAAAGAAAAAUUCCCAAUCAAUUAAGCCUGAACCAAAGCAAUCCAUAGGCCCUAAGAGUUUCUGAGUAGGAUAAAGAAAAUUAAGCAUUAUUGCAAAUAUUAUAAAUGGCUGACCAUGGCUUAGGGGAAGAAGAGUCAGGAUAUUUUGAUUGUUAAGUACUUUGGUAGAACAGCAACUGGUCAUUGAAAUCAAAUGGGCAUCCUCUUCUAUAGUGGGUCAGUAGUAGUAGUUGGGAUUCUGAAGAGAGCUGAUAACAUAGUUGUCUGCUUUUGACCACUGGCUGGGAAAGCUAGAUUGAGAAAUUCAACCAUAGUGGUAUAAUUUCUCAGCUCCCAUUCCUGGUCUUCUGGUCUUCCUCUUCCCACUAAAUGGUGAUAUGAAUGACUGUCUAGCCUGUUUUUCUUCAGGGUCUUGAAGAAAUAUGCCCCACCAAUCUCAUCUCCCCCUGGUUCUGGGUUUCUUGGAUUUAUUUUAGGAACUAGGGCAAGUUCUCCCUCUUCACUUCUUGUACACAUCAGUUAGGUUCCCUUUCCUUCUGUCCCCCACUUCUAUAGGGCUCCAGGGAUCUUGAACUUGUGCAUGGUUUAUGAU